AUGUGGCAGGGCAACAUCCUCGUUUGGAAUUGUAGAGGGAUUGUUAAUCAAGAAACACAAAGGGCACUGAUUGAUAUGGUUCAAGCGAAACGUCCUCAAUUGAUCUUUCUAUCAGAAACCCUAGCCUCUCAGAAACUGAUUGACACCAUCACUGGUCGUGUAGGCUUUGUUGGAAACUUCUGCUUUCCAAAGCAAAAGGACUCUCGGGGCCUAGCUCUUCUCUGGGGUCCUGAAGUGCAUGUGGAUUUUCGUUCUUCUUCUCCACAUCAUAUUGAUGUAGAAGUGUGUGAAAGUGGAGCUCUUGCCUCUUGGCGCUUCACAGGGAUUUAUGGUGUUGCGUCAAGGACUGAACGCAAUCAAACUUGGUCCAUGAUUGAAACCCUAGCACAACAAAACUGCUCUUUGCCUUGGCUUAUGGCGGGGGACUUCAAUGAAAUAAUGUCUCAUGUUGAUAAAUCUGGUGGAGUUCCUCGCGCUGCAACUGCAAUGAAUAAGUUUGGCCAAACUAUGGUCUUGGCUGGAUUACUUGACAUGGGUUUUGUGGGAUGCAAGUAUACGUGGUCAGACAAAUUCACGAAGGAGCGCUUAGAUCGUGGUUUCCAAACUGUUCAAUGGAGAGAUUUAUAUCCUUUUAGCAGAGUGAUAACUCUCCCUCCCUCAGACUCUGAUCACAAUACCCUUCUUGUUGAAGUCAGACUGGAGAAAACUGUUCUCAGGAGACAUACACGGAAAUUCAGGUUUGAAGAAGGAUGGUAUGGGAAUGAACAAUGUUCUGAAAUUAUUCAUCGAAACUGGGUAAUACCCCUUACGGGCAAUGUUCUACAACAACUUGGCACUAAGAUUAAAAAUGCUGGUUGUCAACUUAUGCAAUGGCACAGAGUUGAGUUUCAAAAACACAAAACUGAGCUGCAUGAAAUCCAGGGAAAGCUUUUUGACAUUAUGAAGCAACCCUACUCUCCAAUGCAAUAUGAAGUGCAACAAAAUCUCCAUGUGAGGCAAAGCCAACUACUUUCGCUCCAAGAAAAGUAUUGGAAACAAAGAUCACGGGCCCUUUGGUUGAAAGAGGGUGAUCGUAAUUCUGCAUUCUUCCAUAGGAAAGCUUCCAACAGGAAAUGUCGUAACACUAUUAAAGGCCUUCAAGAUGAGAAUGGGGAGUGGCACAAUGAUCCAAGAACUAUCAAGCACAUGCUCUUGGAAUAUUAUCAGAAAGUUUUUGCAAAUGAAGGGGUGGAUGAUGAUGCCAUUUCAACUGUGUUUCGUGCCACACCAAUGAAGGUUACAGCCUUCAUGAAUGCCGACCUAACUCUACCAUACUCUGAUGAAGAAAUAAAAGUCGCUCUAUUUCAGAUGCAUCCCUCAAAAAGUCCAAGCCCUGAUGGUAUGUCCCCAUUCUUUUUUCAAAAGUAUUGGCAUAUUGUGGGACUAGAUGUGUGCUUAGCCAUUCGGAAUUUUCUGGAAAAGGGUGAAAGUUGGGAUGAGUCCAAUUUCACCCAUAUCUGUCUCAUUCCAAAAAUUAAAAACCCUACUGAUGCUUCACAUUUUCGUCCUAUAGCACUUUGUAAUGUGAUUUAUAGAAUUUGCUCAAAGGUGGUGGCCAAUAGACUUAAACGGUGGUUGCCUGAAAUUAUCUCACCUCUUCAAAGUGCCUAUGUACCAGGCAGACUGAUUUCAGAUAACACUCUUGUGGCUACAGAAGUUGCUCAUUUUAUGCACAAAUUGAGAACACAGGCAGAAGGUUUCUUCUCAUUGAAAUUGGACAUCAGCAAGGCCUAUGACCGCCUUGAAUGGUCCUUAUUUUUGCAGGCUAUACUUACAAAGUUGGGUUUUGCUUCCAACUGGAUCAAUAUGAUUAUGAGAUGUGUUACCUCCGUGAGUUAUGCUAUCUUAGUGAAUGGUGAAGCUACUACUACUGUGAAGCCAACCAGGGGUAUAAGGCAGGGAGAUCCUCUCUCACCAUACUUGUUUAUUCUAUGUGCUGAAGGAUUAUCUGCUUUGAUUUCUCAAGUUGUUCAUUCUGGAUCUAUCCACGGGUUGCAGAUGUGUCCACAAGCUCCUACCUUGCAUCAUCUCUUUUUUGCAGACGACAGUUUAUUAUUUGGUUCAGCUACUCCUGAAGAAUGUUCUGCUUUUCGAGAGAUUCUAAACACUUAUGAACGAGCUUCCGGUCAGAAGGUAAACUUUCAAAAAAGCUCUGUUGUCUUUAGUAAUAAUGUGACCGUUGCUACACAAACUGCCCUUGCUUCUAUUCUUGAGGUGAAUUGUGUGAAGGAACAUGAUAGAUAUUUAGGCUUGCCUCUGAGGGUAGGUAGGUCUAAAACGGAACGUUUUCAAUACAUCAAAGAGAAACUGUCCAAGAAGCUAGUUAGUUGGAAGUCCAAGAUCCUUAGUUGUGCAGGAAAAGAAAUAUUAAUAAAGGCUAUUGCUCAAACCAUGCCUUUAUAUGCAAUGAAUUGCUAUCUUCUUCCUAAGGGCCUUUGUGAUGACAUUCAUCAGCUAUGUGCCUCGUUCUUCUGGGGUGACACCGAUGAAAAGAAACAUAUUCAUUGGAGGAGUUGGGAAAAUUUGUGUUUAACAAAGCAUGAGGGUGGCAUGGGUUUCAAGAAUCUCUAUGCAUACAAUUUGGCAAUGUUGGCCAAACAAGGAUGGAGGAUGAUCACUAAUUCGCAGUCCUUGAUUGCUCAGAUCUUCAAGGCAAGGUACUUUCCCAAUUGUUCCUUUUGGGACGCUGAACUAGAGGCUCCAUCUUUUUCUUGGAGGAGUAUACUUGAAGGCAGACCGGUGUUGAAAGCAGGAACUAAAUGGAGAAUUGGUGAUGGCUCACAAGUUCACAUUUGGAAUGAUGCAUGGAUUCCAAAUUGUCCUUCGUACCUUAUUCACAGGCCUGAGAAUACUACUUUUGAAAGAGUAAGUGAUCUUAUUGAUCACCAAAAUCAAACAUGGAAUUUUGCGUCUGUGAGUACUCUUUUCAACCCAAAUGUUGUUCAUCACAUUCUAAGCAUUCCUCUACCCCGUAACUCUAUGCACGAUCAGCUCAUUUGGAGCUAUGAAAAGCGAGGCUUCUUCACUGUCAAAAGUGCAUACUGGGCUGCAAGGGAACAAGUUCUUGGAUCUGCCUUGGCCACUACAUCUUCUGGUAACCCGUUUAAAGAACUUUGGAGAAGGCUUUGGAGGACUAAAGUUCCAGGUAAAGUACAUAUAUGUGUGGGGAGAGCGUGUAACAACUUACUUCCCACGAGAGAGCGGCUCCUCUCUAAAGGUUACAAGGGUGAUGUUCAUUGUCUCCUCUGUAAUCAUGUUUGUGAAAGCACUGCUCACCUAUUUUGUAAGUGCCCCAUUGCUCUUGAUAUACUCUCUGCAGCACCGUUUUCAUUACAACAUACACUUCUACCUAAUUUAAAUUUUAAGGAAUGGAUGUUGGAGCAAUCUCUUCAUUUGAAGGCUGAAGUGUUUGAAAAACUUGUUAUGAUUAUAUGGGGAUUGUGGCGAAAUCGAAAUGCGAAGUUGUGGGAGAACAAAAUGCAAACUGUAACUGAUAUCAAGUUGGGUUGCUUCACUUGGCUUGAGGACUUUCAGAAGGCUAGUAAACCUGCCUUACAGACCGCAAUGCAAACAACAAAAAUCUGGAAACCUGCUUCUGCUCUGAAGUUAAAUGUCGAUGGAGCAUACUUGGAACACAGAAUAAAAGGAGGGGUUGGAGGUAUUCUCCGAGACUCAAUGGGCCAUUUCACAUCUGCCUACUUGAAACCAGUUAACUAUGUUAGCUCUGCUUUCCAUGUUGAGCUUCUUGCCAUCAGGGAAGGUAUUGAUUUGGUUCAAAAGUUUAAGCUUCAACAAGUUGUGAUUGAAACUGACUGCUUACUGGCAGUCAAUGCGAUUCAUAGUUCAGCUCCAAAUUUGUCUUCUCUUGGCAGUCUCAUUAAUGAUAUUCAAGCUGCAAUGAGGUGCAAUCCGGGUGUCCAGAUCACUUUUGCUUCUCGUUCUUGUAAUAGAAUAGCUCAUAGACUAGCCAACAUUGCUUAUGAAUCUGCUCAAGGAGUUGUGUGGUCUGAUAGUAUUCCAGACUGUAUUAUUGACCUUGUGCAACAAGAAUGUACUCCAUUCUAA